AAGGAAAAACCUUGAGGAGAAUUGACAGAUCAAACGCCCCGCGGCAAGGAGAUGGGACGCUAACCAGCCAAGAUGAAUCUUCUUGGAAAAUUUGUCUUCUUUCUCGUCAUCCUCUCUUCGAUAAAUGAAAUCGUAGAGAGUGCUCCCGGUCGUGGAGGAGGUGGAGGCCGUGGGGGAGGAAGUGGAAAAAGCAAUAGCUCAACAGGAGGAAAACGUUCCGGAUAUAUUCUCCAUGGAGGGCUUUAUCCAGUAAGCCGAACUGCUAAGGAAGCACCAGUUAAGACUCCAGUUUACAAAGGAAUUGGUGCUUGGGGUAUAAUUGGAAUCGUCCUUGCAGUUUUGGGGUUGUGUGUUGGAAUGUAUUACGCCUUGUAUCUCUGUGACUUGUAUCAAAGAACAGACAACUAUUCCUCAAAUUUGGCUGCUCAAACUCCUCACUUGAUGACAGAAAAACCUAGACCAGAAGAGAAUGGAAAUGGAAAUAUUCCAAUGACAGACAAGAAUGAACUUGCCAAGACUAGCUCUAUGAAAACUGGACUCAACAGUGAAGUCUUCCUUUAAAAUGCCUUUCUUUCCAUUUUCAUAUUGAUUUGAAGGUUGUCAUGGUCUCUAUAAACUUGUGUUGUCUUCUACCUUUUUUUAUUCUAGACUAUCAGUUCCCAUUUCUCAGUUAAUAUUCCUAUACUGUGACUUUUGCAGUGCUCUUUCCAUGUGUCUUUUCUUGCUCAUCUCUUUUUAUACAGUUGAUCAACAUACGUUUUUUUAGUAAUUAA